UUCGCUCCUUUCAUUUAUCUUCAUCGUCGUCAAGAUAAAAUGCCUAGAAGAAAAAUGCGAGAUGUAAGCAUUGUUCAAAAUGCUCCAAACUCGGCAGAAACAAAUAGUGAACCACGGACAGCUAUUGGAUCUUCGAAUGUUCCGAAUACACUUGAGGAUCCUACAGAAGUUCAAACUGAAAAUGGUGGGAUGCGCAGAAGUCGAGGACGUACGCUACUUAGAGAAUUAUACGAGUUAGAUCCAGUCGAGCAUGUCAAAGUUGGACGAAACAGUUUUGGUCAGCCUGUUGGAUCAGAAGCUCAACUUUUAGCAGGAUACUUGGACAUUUUAGCACGAAAUGCGAAUAUGUUGCCUAUCAACUACGAGUCAUGGCAUAAAAUGCCCGAUAGUAACAAAACCAAACCCUCGAUAAUAUUAAGGUAA